UGUCAUUUCUAAUGCCACUGUAGCUACGCGAUCUAUUUUAUUUUACACAUCUAUCUUGAAAUACUGCAAUGAUUUUCUGUGUUUAUUAACUUUUGUUUUCAUUCAUGGAGAUAGAAACAUUAAAUACGUUAAAGGAAGAGGUUAUGUUCAUAUUACAUUUUACAAGUGUAUUUAUGUGAUAAGUUAUCUAUUAAAGAAAAAUGACAGAACGUCAGGAAAACCUGACAAAGAAAUUUGUUAAGGAAUUAACAGACAAUUUAAAAGAAAAUAAAUUCGAAGAAGUUUUACACUUCUUUGAGGGUAAUAGUUAUGAUGAUAUUAUUAGAGAGUCCUCAUGGGAUAUCGUUCCAAUUAUAUUAUCUUAUCUCACUAUGGAAAAUAUAAAAUGCAAUGGAAAUUUAGUCGAAUGCUGUACAAUAAUAUUAAAUGCUAUAGUAGAAAAAUGUAAUCCUUCUGAGACGGUAUUAGAAUUAUUAGAACAAGUGGAAGGUCCAGAAGAUGAUAUAAAAUUUUCUAUAAUUCUAAGCGUACUUAUCAAAUGUCUUUCAAAAAUGGACAAUAAAAUGAAGGCAAUAGAAUGGUGCAUUAGUACAAUAAAAUCUUACAUUGAAAGUCUACCUAUACCAGAAAAAGAUUCUCAAGACUAUAUUAUUAUUACAAAUAAAAUAAAAAAUAUUUAUAAUGAAGUUAUAUUAUUUUUAGAACCAUUAAUAAAUGAGUCAAGAUUAGAAAAUUCCAAAACAUAUACCAUAUUAAGAGAUUACCUUGCUAGCAUUCUAAUUUUUUUAAUGGGGAAACCAUUGAUUUAUUUACAAGAAAAAGAAUUAGAAUCUUGUUCAAGUAAACCAUUACCUGAGAGAAUUGUAAUACUUGUAAGUCAAGUAACUGGAGAUUUGCUUUCAUUUCUAAAUAUUACAAGUGUAAGAAGUAGAAAAACGAAGUCCAAGAAGAAAAGUAUAGAAGAAGGGAGCUUUAACCUUAAAGUAACACUUUUUGAAUUAAAUGAGAACAUAUCAGAUUUAGCAUAUGCUAACUUUUACUUUUACGUUAUAACAAAACUACAUCUGUGGGAGAAGGUACCACAGGUAUAUGAUUUACAAUAUGUCUUUCAGACAUGCAUAUAUCUUAUUGUUAAAUUAUUACAAGAACAAGAAAGUACUAUGAAAGGCUUAAAUUUCCUGGAUCACCUUUUGAUGAGAUUAACAAGACGUUCUUUAACAUUGCAAUUAUUAGAAUUGAAUAUAUUCUUUGAGUUGUUCAAUGUACUUGUGAAUGUGAUGAUUUAUUCCAAUAGCAAUAAAGAAAGGAAAAAAGCUUUGAAUUUAUUUCAAAACUACAUUGAAAUGUUUGAUAUACAAGCUAGAUACUCCAUUAUUUUACAUUUGUAUCAAACUAAUGAACAUUCAGGUUUAUUGAGUCUAACUACAGGAAUAUUUAAAACUUCUAUUAUUGAAUGCCUCCAAGCGAAGCCUCCUAUGCCAUAUUUUCUCGGUAGUAAUCUAGGAACUUUAAUCAAAUUGGCUUGUAAAUUACACCAUGGUAGUGCAUCAGAUCUAGUGGAACUAUGUGAUGAAAUAAUUACAAGUCUAAAUCUGUUAAGAUUUCUAUUUAUAAGGGAUAAGCAAAAUCAAACUGGUAUCUGGAACUUGGUAGAUACACUUCAUAAUGAGUAUUUACUGCCACUAAGAGAAGGUAUAGAUCUCUCUAGAGCACAUUGGAAAGUAAAAAUAAAAGAUUUAGAAGAGCAAAAGAAAAUGCAUAAAAUAACUGAGAAUAUGGAAUUGGAAAAAAGCUAUGCUGAGAUAACACUAACUGUUGGUGGUGAAAAAUUACCAGCAAUGCCAGUUCCAGAAAAAAUUACAUUUUGUUAUCAAGCACUAAAUGGUCUGGAUGUAAUGGAAAGCAUUUUAAUUAGAGUCAAUGAAUGUAUUGCUAAUAAUCCCUUUAAGCAAAAUAUUAAUAAAAUAGUAUCUUCAGAAUAAAAAUUGUACAUUUAUGAAGUGUAUAUAACUCACUGCUGAAUAAAAAUCAUUCUUUAUUUACA